AUGAACGAUGAGGAGGAACGGAUCUACAUGUAUUCUGACAUUUUCUCUCAUGGUCUGAGCGGCGAAGAAAACAGCGAUGCAGACGAAAGGGAAAAGAGGAAGAACAAAAAAAAAAAAAAACUUAGCGAUAAUAACCUAAAAAAUGGAGAAAAUGAAUACAGCAAACUGAGGGCAGAAACUUCAACCAUUUUAAAUGACUACUUCGAUGUAGAACCCAUCAGAUGUUUUAACCAAGAGGUGAUAGAUGCGUCCUUGCAGAGUGACUUUUUACAAUUUCCACAGAACAAGGAGCACACGUUGAAUAUCUUCGAUGGGGAGCUCACCGAGAAUAAGCACUCCGUUCAGCUGCGCAAGCCUGGGUUUUACUGCAUCUAUGUGGAGAAUAGUAACAACAGCAAAUGGGACAGCAUCUACUUCGGGCUGUCCAAAAUGCAAGUGGAGCUGAACUACAAACUGAUCCCGCAGAACGAGGACAAGGACACCCAAGGGAAGGCCGAGGAGAGGAAGAAAAAGGUGACUCGAGAGAAACCGCAGCAGAAGAAGCAUCCAUUAGCUAGCCAAAAGGAGGAGGAAGGAGAGGAAGCAGAGGAAGGAGAUGAAGCAGAAGAAGGAGAAGAAUUCGAAGAAGGAGAAGAAUUCGAAGAAGGAGAGGAAGAAUUCGAAGAAGAAUUCGAAGAAGGAAAAGAAAAAAAUAAUCAGAAAAGAGACCCAAUGAUAAUAGAAACCUUUAACCUAAAUGAUGAAAUAAAUAAAAUAUGCAGCUAUAAUUUUGAUCAAACAGAUAUGUUAUUUGAUGAUUCAAGAGAAAGGAAAAACAGAAAAAAUAUGAAUAAAUUAAAGAGUAGGAAAAAGAAUUAUUAUGAUAAUUUAAGGAUGAAGAAUAAGAGAAAGGAGUGUACUGCUUUAUUUGAAGAGAAUAAAACGAACACGGAAAAUUUUUCUUGUACUUUUCAUAAUGAAAAUCAGAUAAGGGUUUCUUCUAAGAAGAAAAAGUAUGUUUAUUUGUACAACAAGGGUGCCAAUAGCAUGCUGCACUUAAAUGUGAGCACGUGCAUGUCCCUGGGUAUGACUAUUCAGUGCCGAUACGGAUUGCUUUUCUGUGGGAAGUACCACCAGAUCCCGCAGGACCCCUACACGCCGUUUAGGAAGCCCGUGUCGAUACUGUCCCUGGACGGAGGAGGCAUCCUGGCCAUGUCCACGCUGAUCGUGCUGAACCGAAUCGAAAAUGAAAUCAGGAAGGAGAUCGGAAACGAUGACGUGAAGCUGAUCGACUGCUUCGACAUGGUGUGCGGAACGAGUGCAGGUGGCUUGAUCUCUCUGGCCCUCUUAAAAGAGAUGGGACUUAGGGACAUCACCAAUCUCUUGCCAAGUACCAUGCAAAGGAUAUUCGAAGGAAAUAGAAACAUCAUCUCGGGAAUCCUAUUCGAAGGUUACGACAUAAAUAAUGUGAAGGAUUUAUUUAUGGAAAAAAUAGGGAGUAUGUUUAUGUCCUCCUACAAGAACGUCUACUGCUUCGUGACGGCAACUGAUGUGAAGCACAACCCAUACAAGUUAUUCCUCCUGAGGAACUACACUCAUAAGUAUAAUGCAAUAAAUGGAGAGUCUUACGAAGGGAUCAAUAAGGUUCCAUUAUGGCUAGCUGCCUGGGCAACUGCAUCUGCCCCGACUUAUUUGAAAGGACCUAGUUCUGAGGACAUCAAAGAUUUGGGGUUCCAUAUAAAGCCAGAGAUCCACCUUGUGGAUGGAGCUUUGAAGGCGAGCAAUCCUGCUCUCAUCGCAUUGGAAGAGUGUGCUAGACUGAACAACAAAAAUCUUUCAGCUUUUAUUAAGGAGGAGCUAGAUACGUUAGUUUCUAUAGGGACAGGAAAAUCGCCCACUAAAUUAACUCAGUCAGGGGCUAGUGGGAAAUCUGCAUCCACGUUUGAAAUAUUACUUAAUUCGGCUCACCUCCUAACUAGAGCGAAUGAAACGCAUCGGGAAGUGCUGCAGUGGCUCUCCGACAGGGAAAAUACGUACUUCCGAUUUAACGUACCCAACAUCGGGGACAUAGACAUUGACAGCCAGGACGUGCGCGAUUUUGAUAUCAUCGCCAAGGCCACGCGCGACUACCUCUUCGAUGAGAAAUUCUACGAGAUCAAGCGCCUGGCGCAUAAGCUGGCCAACAACUACAUGCGCUCCAG